AUGGAGCACGGCGAGGGGAGGCACGAGGCGGCGCUGAGGGCGGUGCAGAGGGCGCCGGCCAAGCCGUGGCGCGGCGCCGGCGCCCCGCCGCCGCCCAGGGUGUACCGGGUGGAGCCCCGGGACUUCCGGGAGCUCGUGCAGAGGCUCACCGGCGCCGGCACGGCCACGACCGGCUCGCCGGCCGUGGGAGCGAGGAAGGCGCCGGGUCAUGCGGCCGCGGCGCACGGGCGCAGGGAGGCCGCCCCCGUGGAGCAGUUCGACUACUCGUCGUGGUUCUCCGCGCCGCUGCUCAGCCCCGCGUCCAUGCCGGCCGGCAUGGACGCCCACCAUGGCGCUCUGCUGUAG